GCCCUCUGCUGGGCGUGGCUUGGUCAUUUGGCGGCGGUGUGCACGGAAGAUCGGUGCGGGGUAUGCAGCGGGAGGUGGGCAGCUUUCCUAUCGCUCCUGCCAUCAGAGCGAGAUUGGUGGCUGCAGGCUUCCAUACACUGCACGAUGUCAUAGACUUGGCAGUCAGUGAAGUGGCUGGAGAAGCUGGGAUAUCUGAAGAAGCCGCUCAGGAAGCACUGCAGAUUUUGAAAAGACAAGGCCGUGAUUCACAGAUACUAAAGUAUACUGCUUUGGAACUGCUUGAGCAGGAGCAAGCUCAGGGGUGUAUCAUCACAUUCUGCUCAGCCUUGGAUGAAAUCCUUGGGGGAGGCAUGCCACUGGGAAAGAUCACUGAGAUUUGUGGGCCCCCUGGUGUGGGAAAGACACAGUUAUGUAUGCAGCUGGCAGUGGAUGUACAGAUACCAGAGUGCUUUGGAGGCAAUGAUGGCGAAACUGUUUACUUUGAUACCGAGAGUAGCUUCAGAGUGGAAAGACUGGUGGAAAUUGCAAAUGCUUGUGUUUUGCACUGUAGUCUUAUUACUCAAGCCCACCAAGAAGAAGGUCACAGACUAGCUAUGCAAAGGUUUACUGUUAAUAACAUCCUAUCACAGAUUUAUUACUUUUCUUGUCAAGACUACAUUGAGCUACUUGCUCAUAUACAUACCCUCAAAGACUUCCUAGCAAAGCACUUAAAGAUCAAACUUGUAGUUAUUGACAGCCUUGCAUAUCCUUUCCGGCAUGACCUUGAAGACCUGUCUUUACGGACACGUUUGCUAAACACUUUAGCUCAGCAGUUGAUCGGCAUUGCUACUCAUCGGAAAUUAGCAGUAAUCCUAACAAACCAGAUGACUACAAGAAUUGGACCCAGAGAGUCCUUUUUGGUACCAGCUUUAGGGGACAGUUGGGCACAUACAGCAACCAGUCGUUUAACACUUCACUGGGAGGGUAUGCAAAGAUAUGCAACACUCUGCAAGUCACCAAGCCAGAAAGAAAGCACCGUACAAUAUCAAAUAACGCACCAAGGGUUCCGUGAUGUGCAAGCUCCUUAUCCUGGGAUGGACUCCCCAAAUCCUGAAAUAAAUCUACGUAAGCGCCCUAGAGAAGAUGACACAGAAUAAGAUAAAGCUCCAUUUUGCUGACUAUACAAACACAUGGAUUUCAUCAAUAACAUAUGACUAUAUUUUGUAAUCUAAUAAAUAUUUUGAAGUAUUUAUA